AUGCCCGCGCACGGGCCGGUCUCGACGCUCACGGGGCGCGGAGUCCUGCCGUUCGACUUGCUCCUCGGGCGAGGCGACGCGUACGCGGACCGCGUCGCGAAGAGAGAGGCUGAGGACGGGAGACGACGGUUCGUGGGGACGUACGCGGUCGUCGAGGCGUUGGAUUAUCUUCGACGCGCGACGCCGGCGGCGAUUUUCAAGCUCGCCGCCGCGUCGUCGUCGGCGGCGUCGGCGGCGUCGUCGUCGCGUAAAAAACGAGGAGAGGGGAAGGCGGGAAAUGCGCGAGAGGGAGAGGAAGGCCCGGACUGGCUCGGGCACGAGGCAAUCAAAGCCGCGGAGGGAUGGAUGCGCCCGAGCGCGCCCGCGUGGACGAUUCUCGGCCCGAUCGAAGUCACGCAGCCGAAGAAGGCGCGUUCUAUACACUGGUCCCCAUACGACCCCGUCGGCGUGCCGCCGCCGCUCGCGGAGGCGAUUCGACCGGAACUCCGAGUGAAGCUCACGCUCGUUCGAAAACGCGCGCGCGGCGGCGUGGACUUCUCGAGAGCCGCGGGUCGGGACGGCGUCGGCGGCGACGUCGACGGCGCGACCCCGCCGCGGGUCGGGCCCGGGGCGUACGACCCGUCCUACGCCGCCGUCGAGCCCGACGAGACGGCGAUUGGAUUCUCGCGCGCGGGGCGACCCAUCGGCGUCGGCGUCGGCGUCGGCGCGGCGUCCGCGGGCGACGAAGACGGCGACGGCGACGUUCUCGAGCUCGACCCCGCCGGCGCGUUCGCGCGCGCGGUCGCGCCCAGGGUGACGGGCGUUCCAGACCUCGCGCGCGCGGUGAACCCGCGCGAGGAGGAGACGGCGCGUAAGGCGCGUUCUAUACACUGGUCCCCAUACGACCCCGUCGGCGUGGUGAACGCCGAUCCUUAA